AUGGCGAUUAAAUCAAUUACUGAGAAGUCCAGGGCAUCUGGUAAAAGGCUAUCCAAGGAGACUUAUAGCGACUACACAUCCGAUGGCAUCAAAGAUUAUGACAUUUUUCUCUUACCUAGCUCUGACUACAAGAUAAUGCUCGGUAUCACCGUCAUGGCUACGGUUGUCAGAUUAUUUAGAAUAUAUCAACCGAGUAGCGUAGUCUUUGAUGAAGUGCACUUCGGUGGAUUUGCCUCCAAAUAUAUAAAGGGGAAAUUUUUUAUGGAUGUCCAUCCACCUCUAGCAAAGCUUCUGCUCACACUAGCAGGAUGGCUAGCUGGGUUUGACGGAAACUUUGAUUUCAAAGAGAUUGGUAUGGACUAUUUGGAGCCAGGAGUACCAUAUGUUGCUAUGAGAAUGCUGCCUGCUGUCUGUGGUGUUCUUCUUGCACCCAUUAUGUUCCUUACGCUUAAAGCCUUAGGAUGUCGAAGUCUAACCUCUUGGAUGGGAGCUUCCAUGAUAGUUUUUGAAAACGGUCUACUUACCCAAGCAAGAUUAAUACUUCUUGACUCCCCUUUACUUGUUAUGACAGCACUAUCUACUCUGUCUUUUAUCUGCUUCACAAAUCAACAUGAACAGGGUCCAUCAAAAGCAUUUGAGCCUACAUGGUGGUUUUGGCUUAUUAUGACUGGGCUAGGACUGGGAGCCACCGUUAGUGUCAAGUGGGUUGGCUUAUUUACAAUCUCCUGGGUGGGAAUCUUCACACUGAUACAGCUCUGGACUUUACUUGGUGAUACGAACCAUGUCAGCUUGCGCUUGCUAGCCAAACACUUCCUAGCAAGAGCUCUGUGCCUAAUACUAAUUCCGUUAACAUUCUAUCUUGUAUUAUUUGGAAUUCAUUUCAUCUGCCUUGUUAACCCGGGAGAAGGAGAUGGAUUCAUGAGCUCUGAAUUCCAGGCCACUCUCAAUACGAAAUCUAUGCAGGAUGUUCCUGUGGAUGUGGCGUUUGGUAGCAAAGUAAGCAUACGGCACCAUUACACUCAAGGCGGUUACUUGCACUCGCACAAUCUAAUGUACCCAACCGGUAGUAAGCAGCAACAGAUCACUCUUUAUCCCCACAAAGACGAGAACAACAUUUGGCUACUUGAAAAUACGACGCAGCCUCUAGAUGUGAAUGGAGACCCUAUCAACGGAACUCAAGCUUGGGAUACAAUAGUGCCACCGGUCUUCAUUAAGGAUGGUGAUGUUAUUAAACUCUUUCAUCUAGCCACACAUCGCCGUCUUCAUUCUCAUGAUAUCAGGCCCCCGGUCACGGAAGCAGAGUGGCAGAACGAGGUCUCUGCGUAUGGAUACGAAGGUUUUCAGGGAGAUGCAAAUGAUUACUUCAAAGUAGAGAUCAUAAAAAAAAUGUCAGAUGGUGGUGUGGCACGGACCAGACUUCGGACAAUUCAGACGAAGUUUAAGCUUGUACAUGUUAUGACUGGUUGUGUACUUUUCUCCCAUAAAGUCAAGCUCCCAGCAUGGGCCUCUGAGCAGCAAGAAGUGACUUGUGCCAAAGGUGCCACACUUCCCGGCAGCGUAUGGUACGUUGAGCAGAAUUCCCAUCCCCAAUUAGACGAGACAGCAGAGAAAGUCAACUACAGGAUCCCCGGCUUCUUUGGAAAAUUCUGGGAAUUACAAAAAGUUAUGUGGCGAACAAAUGCUGGAUUAGUCGAAUCUCACGCUUGGGAAUCUCGCCCACCGUCUUGGCCUUUCUUACAACGUGGAAUCAACUUUUGGAGCAAAAACAACCGGCAGAUUUAUUUAUUUGGUAAUCCUGUGGUUUGGUGGAGCUCGACAUUAGCAAUUUUUACAUAUGUUAUCUUCAAAGGAAUUUCUACUCUUCGUUGGCAGCGACAUUAUACAGAUUACAAGAACCCCACCUUUAAACGUUUUGACUAUGAAGUCGGUACCACUGUCAUAGGGUGGGCAAUGCACUACUUUCCCUUCUUUCUCAUGCGUCGUCAGCUUUUCCUACACCACUACUUUCCAGCUCUUUAUUUUGCCGUCAUUGCAUUCUGUCAAAUUUUCGAUUAUAUCACGGCUCGCCCAAGCAUCUAUCGGCUCCGAAAAUCUCCUUUAAUCGCUCGUACAGGUGUCUUCAUAUUCUUAGCCUUGAGUAUAGUAGCUUUUGUUAUGUAUUCGCCCUUGGCAUAUGGGAAUAUGUGGACACAAUCUGCCUGCCGAAAAGUUCAAUAUUUCAAGUCUUGGGACUGGGACUGUAAUAUAUUUCAUAGAGAGUACCACCAAUAUUCCUCCAGCACAACGCUUGACACUGGAGCUAUAAAAACUUUAGCGCCUUCUCCUCCUUUACCUCCUGAGCCAGUGCCUCAAAAUCCUGCGGUUGAUGCUCAGAAACCCCUCCUUGUUGAUGAGGUCGUAUUAUCUGAUGCACCCGCAUAUGAUCCUUCCAAACCUCCCUUGGCGGGACAUAGUGUUCUAUCUCGUAUAGAAAAAGUGGAAUACAGAGAUCAAGACGGCAAUCUCCUAGACUUGAAUCAAGUCAAAUCCCUUGAAGGUAAGGUCAGUUUCAAAACUCGAUAUGAGACUCGAACUCGCCUUGCCGAUUCCGAAGAUGAAAAAUGA